UGAACAGUCCUCUAUACAGCUAAAAGGAUUCUCAGCUUCGAAUAUCGCGACCCCACGCUUACUUGUACGGCAUAUGGAAGUGUACAGGGAAAAUCUCCAUUACCAUUGGCUUAUUUCAGAUAAGCCGCAAAAAGUAAGCCAAUCAGCGCCGACCUUUUAUGUUUUGAUGCGUUUCUUUUUAUCCCUCGAUAAAAUGUCUGCUCGUGAAAAAGGCGGGAAAACUCGCGCUCAAAAACGAUUUCCCUUCUCUUUAUCGAUUGUCGUCCUUUAGAGUUAACUUUCAUCCGUCAUUAAAAAGAAAAUUUUAUCUUUUUAUUUAUUAUAUAUUUACUUUUAAUUCAAUCGUUACGAAUUAUUGAAAUUAUUGCCUAAAAUAUUAUAUAAAAAGGUUAGAUUGUAUUUCUAUUAUAGAUAGUGCCACUUUCUACACCGUUGCAUUAGGAAUAGGCUGAUCGCAGGCCAGCCAACGUCUAAUGAAAUUAAAAAAAAAAUAUCUUUCUACGUUGUCAAAGUGCGACUUUUGGCGUUUAUAUUAAUCGUGCUUAUGGGUUUAUGCGAACGUUUGAAAGAUGUGGUAUCAUAUCAAAUAUUAGAACAAAUCUACGCAGAAAUUUGGUCAAUGCGUUAAAAUACAAGGAUUUAUCUUUAAAGGAUUAUUGUAGUAAAUCUAAACCGGCUAAACAAUAUGUUUUUGAUUUUCUUGUAGCAGAGUAUUUAUUUAAUGGUAAUUACGCUUAUACUUUGUCAGUAUUUGCUAGUGAAGCACCGCUUUUGAUACAGUUUGAUAAUCAUGUACCCGAUAGUUAUGAUGAAAAAAAAACACACAGUAAACAGAAGUUACAAAAAGAUUACAUAUAUCAUACGUUAGAGACUUUAGGAAUACGACCAAGUGAUCCUGAAGGACAAUAUAUUAUGUCGGAGUAUGUAGAUAAUGAUGCACCGUUGCUUUUAUGUAUAUUAAAAUGUAUAUCAGUUUGUACAUUGAAUUUUAACAAAGUUCCAAGUUUUAAAAAACCCACUAUGACUAGCACCAAAGAAACACAGACAGAUACUUCUCUCCGAAUGAGUAUGGAUAUAGAAAAAUUAAGAUCUAUUAAGAAGAAAAUAUUUAGGCAAAAACAAAUAUUCGACAUGCAGUUGAAAGAAAAAGAAAUCGGAUUAAAAAAUCGUGCCGUUGUUAUCGAAGAACAACUUAUUUCUUUGAAUGAAAAAUUAGAAAAAGCCCAGAAAUUAAUGCAUAUGGUUACUUUGAAAGAACAACAAUUGAAUGAAAAAAACCAGAAAGAGGAACAACAUUUGUUUCAAAAAGAAAUAGAAUUGUCCUUUAAACACAAUGCUUUGCUAUUAGAAAGCGAAAGAAUACAAAAAAAGCAAGACAUGUAUGAGAGUUAUAAGCGUGAUUUGGAGAAAUUGCAUGAAGAGCUUGCUGCGACCAAAAAAGCUUUUUCUUCUAAUUGCAAGUUAAGAGAUACAGGAAUACAAACGAGUUCUAGCAUCGAUUUGGGAGAUAAAAAUAAAGAUGUACAAUUUCAUGGAGAAAAAAAAGAAUUGGUCAAGCUUUUGCAUGACCAACAAUUAAAAAUAGAUGAAUUAACUCAAUACGCGAUUCAAUUAUCACGUAGAUUCGAAGAAAUUCAUCAAUCGAGGUCUACUUUAAUUGAAGAUCCUAUGAUAACAAAAAAAGCUCUCUAUACUAACACCAUUGUUAGCGAAAGCAGUUCGACCGAGGAUAUAUUGCAAGACGCUAAAUUACGUUUGAAACGUUUGGAAGAAGAAAGUAUAAAAGCCGAUAGGUUUUAUUAUAAUUCUAUUGCUACAUAAUUAAAUAUGUUUUAUACAAACACACACACACACACGUAUUUUAGAUCGUAUGUCCAAAAGUGUCAAUGAUAAUUUAUUUUGUACAGAUAGUUGAUUACACCAGCACGAUGAUAUUGUACAUUUAUUGGGUUAUAUCGUUUAUAUAUAUAUACAGUAUUAUUAUUAUUAUUAU